AUGGAGUCCGACUUGACUAAACGCCGACCUUCAUUAAUUCCUGGAUGCUUACCUGGUUUACCAUCUGGAUGGACACCAAUCAUAGAUUCAGUUCCAGAAAAUAGCAAUGAUGAUGAAGAUCACUAUAAAAAAUCUUUUACACCUAGUGGACUUUCUUAUUUACCAUCAAUAACAAGUUAUGAAACGAAACCAUAUUUAAAAAUAAAAAAAUUUCAAUUGAAUAAUCAUCCAAUAAUGUCAAUGGCACAUACACAUGGUAUAUGUGUUUUAAAUACUGAAGCUGAAGAAAUUAUAGCUUGCGAUCAUUAUAAUAAUCGUUUACUUAUGUUUGAUUCAAAUACAGAUGGACGUUUAUUAGACAUAUUUCGUGGCGAUAUGGCAACACCGGAAUGUGUUACACCACGACCACAUUAUCAACAACAAAUUUAUAUAACAAAAGCACAUUCAAUUUCAUUGUAUGAUUUAGAAAAAAAACAUGUUAUACAAAAAUUAGGUAGUGAAGAAAGUGGUCAUGCUAAUAAUCGAUUCAAAUCACCUUGUGGUAUUGUCGUUGAUCCAGCUAACGGGUAA